AUGGAUACUUCUCCCUCCAAAAAAUAUCCAGUUAAAAAACGGGUGAAAAUACAUCCCAACACGGUGAUGGUGAAAUAUACUUCCCAUUAUCCCCAGCCUGGGGAUGAUGGAUAUGAAGAAAUCAAUGAAGACUAUGGAAAUUUUAUGGAGGAGAAUCCAAAGAAAGGCCUGCUGAGUGAAAUGAAAAGAAAAGGAAGAACUUUCUUUGGAACCAUGGAUACUCGACCUCCGCCAACAGAAGACCCAAUGACCAAUGAUUUUGGACAAUUCCAGAGCUUUGCAGAAAAAAAUAUUUUUCAAUCCAGAAAAAUGUGGAUAGUGCUGUUUGGAUCUGCUUUGGCUCAUGGAUGUGUAGCUCUUAUCACUAGGCUGGUUUCUGAUCGUUCUAAAGUUCCGUCUCUAGAGCUGAUUUUUAUCCGUUCUGUCUUGCAGGUCUUAUCUGUGCUAGUUGUAUGUUACUACCAAGAGGCCCCCUUUGGACCCAGUGGAUACAGAUUACGACUCUUCUUUUACGGCGUAUGCAAUGUCAUUUCUAUCACCUGUGCUUAUACAUCAUUUUCAAUAGUUCCUCCCAGCAAUGGGACCACUAUGUGGAGAGCCACAACCACAGUCUUCAGUGCCAUUCUGGCUUUUUUACUUGUAGAUGAGAAAAUGGCUUAUGUUGACAUGGCUACAGUUGUUUGCAGCAUCUUAGGUGUUUGUCUUGUCAUGAUCCCCAACAUUGUUGAUGAAGACAAUUCUUUGUUAAAUGCCUGGAAAGAAGCCUUUGGGUACACUAUGACCGUGAUGGCUGGACUGACCACUGCUCUUUCCAUGAUAGUAUACAGAUCUAUUAAGGAGAAGAUCAGCAUGUGGACUGCACUGUUUACCUUUGGUUGGACUGGGACAAUCUGGGGAAUAUCUACUAUGUUUGUUCUUCAAGAACCCAUCAUCCCAUUAGAUGGAGAAACCUGGAGUUAUCUCAUUGCCAUAUGCGUCUGUUCCACUGCAGCGUUCUUAGGAGUUUAUUAUGCUUUGGACAAAUUCCAUCCAGCUUUGGUCAGCACAGUACAACACCUGGAGAUUGUAGUAGCUAUGGUCUUGCAGCUUCUAGUGUUACACAUAUUUCCUAGUGUCUAUGAUGUUUUUGGAGGGGUAAUCAUUAUGAUUAGUGUUUUUGUCCUUGCUGGUUAUAAACUUUAUUGGAGGAAUUUAAGAAGGCAGGAUUAUCAGGAAAUUUUAGACUCUCCCAUUAAAUGA